GAUAAUAUAUUUCAACCUCAAGAAAUAGUAGAGCUACCACGGGUAAAAAAUGUGACACCUUUCCUUCCAGCUGAUUCUCCUUCUCCUUCUCCAAUUGAAUCGCAAUCACAAAUUCCAGUGGAAGUAAUUCCUGUG